AUGAGAGAAAAGUAUGCUCAUUUUAUCCAUCCUUACCAGAUCCCAGGCCCCGAGACCCUGGAUGACCUCCUCCUCUCUGCACCGCCUGGAGCUGCCGUGACCACGGCGUCAGUAGUUACCACUGUGGACACUUCCCAUGAGGACAGGAUUCCCCAUGACGCCCAGGUGGACUACGGCGGCGCCCGCCCGGCAAGCUGCUCAGCAGACAGGUCCGUCAAGAUCUGCGACGUGCUCAACGGAGGGCAGACCCUCAUCGCCGACCUCAGGGGUCACGAGGGUCCUGUGUGGCCAGCGGCCUGGGCCCACCCCACAUACGGCAAUGUCCUGGCAUCCUGCUCCUACGGCCGGGAAGUCAUUAUCUGGAAAGAGGAAAAUGGCACCUGGGAGAAGACGCAUGAGCACACAGUAAACUCCGUGUGCUGGGCCCCCCGUGACUAUGGCCUGAUCCUAGCCUGUGGGAGCUGGGAUGGGGCCACUUCUCUGCUGACUUACACCAGGUUGGGCCAGUGGGAAGUGAGGAAGACCAACCAUGCUCACACUGUUGGCUACAAUGCCGUCAGCUGGGCCCCUGCUGUCGGACCUGGAAGCCUCACAGACCAGCCAUCUGGGCAGAAGCCCAACUACACCGAGAAGUUUGCAUUAGCUGGCUGUGACAACCUCAUCAAACUGUGGGAGGAGGAGGAGGACGGCCAGCGGGAGGAAGGGCAGAAGUUGGAAGCGCAGUGACUGGGUCUGAGACGCGGCCCGGGCCCCUCCAUCGGCCUGCCCGCCAGCACCAUCGCCAGCUGCUCCCAGGAUGGUCCGGUGUUCAUCUGGACCUGUGACGAUGCCUCGGGCAAUGCGUGGUCCCCCAAACUGCUGCACAAGUUCAAUGAUGUCGUAUGGCAUGUGAGCUGGUCCAUCACAGCCAACAUCCUGGCCGCCUCAGGUGGAGACAAUAAGGUGACCCUGUGGAAGGAGUCGGUCGACGGGCAGUGGGUGUGCAUCAGUGAUGUUGACAAGGGCCAGGGUCUGGUGUCCACUUCCGUCACAGAGGGUCAGCAGAACGAGCAGGGCCCGGUCUCCACCUGCUGCCUCCAGGACUGCCCCCUCCCGGGCCAGGGACCCAGCAGCUGGGAGGAAGAACGCCCAACUCCCACAAGACCACUUCCCGGGAGUCGUAACAAAUAA